UUCCUAGUGCUCCCAGGGAUAUUGUUUUUUCCAACGUACAAUCAACGAGUGUGACCUUGAAUUGGAGAUCACCGAAGUCUAUCCUUGGCUACUUUCAAAACUACAAGGUUACCACACAGCUACAAUCCAUCCACUGCAGUGACUGGGAAACGAAGGAAUGUAUCGAACAUGAGAUGCAUCAAUAUUUAUAUGAAAAUAUGGUGGAUGGCCGGAUAGAAGAGACAGUGUAUGGACUGAAAAAAUACAGAUGGUACAGAUUUGCAGUUGCUGCCAGUACGAAUGUUGGUUAUGGCAGUUAUUCACCUUGGAUUUCUACACAAACACUUCCUGGAUCUCCAGAUGGUCCUCCAGAAAAUGUGACUGUUUUAGCUACAUCUCCUCACAGUAUUAAUGUCAGCUGGAAUGAACCUCUCAUCAUUACUGGACCCACUUGCUACCUCAUAGACAUUACCUCAGUAGAUAAUGACAAUUAUAAAGCUCAGUUUCUGAAGACAAAUGAUGAGACUAAAUUCUUAGAAAUUUCUGAUUUAAAAGCAUUUACAAGGUAUUCUGUAGCAAUCACUGCUUUUACAGGGGAUGUUAAUGCUGCACUCAUUGAAGGCACAGCUAGUUCUCCAGUAAUUGUCUCCACUUUUGAAGCAGUGCCUGAAGACCCACCCAACAACAUAACGUUUCAGAAGAUACCAGAUGAAGUAACAAAGUUCCAAGUAACUUUUGUGCCACCAUCUGAACCAAAUGGAAAUAUUCAGGUGUAUCAAGCCAUGGUGUACAAUGAAGAUGACCCCGCUGCCAUCCGGAUCCACAACCUUAGUGUCAUUGAUAAAACAGAUCAGUCAGUCACUGCAAUGAUAGAAGGACUAAAAGGGGGACAUACCUACAAUGUCAGCGUGUAUGCAAUUAAUGGUGCUGGUGCAGGUCCAAAAAUUCAAUUAAAAAUAACCAUGGAUAUCAAAGAACCACCACGGCCUAAAAAGAAACCAACACCAGUUUAUGAUACCAAUGGGGCACUACUCGUCACAGCCACAACAAUUACGAUCAGAAUGCCAAUAUGUUAUUACAGUGAUGAUCAUGGCCCUAUCAAGAAGAUACAAGUUCUUGUUGUGGAAGCUGGAGCUCAACAUGAUGGGAACGUUACUAAGUGGUAUGAUGCCUACUUCAACAGACCAAGGCUGUAUUUUACAAAUGAAGGCUUUCCAAACCCACCAUGUAUAGAAGGAAAAGAAGAUCUGAGUGGCAAAGAAGAGAUAUAUGUUAUAGGUGCUGAUAGUACAUGUAUGAUACCAGGCAGUCAAGACAAAAUAUGUAAUGGCCCAUUGAAACCACGAAAGCAGUACCUGUUUAAGUUCAGAGCAACUAACGUUAAAGGACAGUUUACAGAUUCUGACUAUUCUGACCCUGUCAAAACUUUAGGUGAAGGACUGUCAGAAAGAUCUGUAGAAGUUAUCCUUGCUGUUACUUUGUGUAUACUUUCAGUUGUUCUUUUGGUGGCUGCUGUAUAUGCUUUUGCAAGGAUUCGGCAAAAGCAAAAAGAGGGAGGCACAUACUCCCCACGAGAUGCUGAAAUUAUUGACACUAAGUUUAAACUGGAUCAGUUGAUCACAGUGGCAGACCUGGAGCUGAAGGAUGAGAGAUUUACACGGUUACUUAGUUAUAGAAAAUCCAUCAAGCCAAUAAGCAAGAAAUCUUUCCUACAACAUGUUGAAGAGCUUUGCACAAACAACAACCUAAAGUUUCAGGAAGAAUUUUCGGAACUUCCCAAGUUUCUUGAAGACCUCGCUUCAACUGAUGCUGAUCUGCCAUGGAACAGGUCUAAGAAUCGUUUCCCAAACAUAAAGCCAUAUAAUAACAACAGAGUAAAGCUGAUGCCUGAUGCUGGUAUUCCCGGAUCUGACUACAUUAAUGCCAGCUAUGUGUCUGGUUAUUUAUGUCCAAAUGAGUUUAUUGCAACUCAGGGACCAUUACCAGGAACAGUGGGAGAUUUCUGGAGAAUGGUGUGGGAGACGAGAGCAAAAACACUUGUGAUGCUUACGCAGUGUUUUGAAAAAGGACGGAUAAGAUGUCAUCAAUACUGGCCAGAAGAUAAUAAACCAGUUACUGUGUUUGGGGAUAUAGUGAUUACUAAAUUGAUGGAAGAUAUUCAAAUAGACUGGACCAUCAGAGAUCUAAAAAUUGAAAGGCAUGGAGACUGCAUGAUGGUACGGCAGUGUAACUUUACUUCUUGGCCAGAACACGGAGUCCCUGAAACAACCGCACCAAUUAUCCAUUUUGUAAAACUUGUCCGUGCAAGUCGAGCACAUGAUAGUACGCCGAUGGUGGUUCACUGCAGUGCUGGCGUUGGAAGAACAGGUGUCUACAUUGCGCUUGACCAUUUAACCCAACAUGUUAAUGACCAUGAUUUUGUGGAUAUCUAUGGACUUGUAGCUGAGUUAAGAAGCGAAAGAAUGUGUAUGGUACAGAAUCUGGCACAAUAUAUAUUUUUGCAUCAGUGUGUAUUGGAUCUGUUGACCAGCAAGGGAAGUAGUCAGCCCAUAUGUUUUGUAAAUUACUCAGCACUGCAAAAGAUGGACUCUCUGGAUGCCAUGGAAGGUGAUGUGGAGCUUGAAUGGGAAGAAACUACCAUGUAA